AUGAACAAUUUAAAAAGUGGACCGCGCGGCGUCCGCAUUGCGAGGGUAGUGGUUGUGUUGUUGGUGGUCAGUAUAGUGCGAGCCGAAACCAAAGGUUUGAGUGAAGAGCGCAGGGACAAGUCGAUCGAAGAAGAGAUGUUUAGCCGGGAGGCUUUGGACGUGACAGACGCCACGGAGUUCACGGCCAAAAAUCCAAGGCAGGCGCUCAAGAACGACCUGAUGUAUCUGUUUGAUAAGGAGCUCCGCUUCGUGGUCGCUCUACUGCCGUCGGAAACGCUGGAGGAGAAGUAUGAACGGUCGACGCCACCGCACCCCCACGGC